GCGAGGAUGUGGAUGUAGACAGGAGUCGGGGUAGAAACGGAGUAAAGCCAAUUCGGCUGUACCCAGCAAGUGAUGGGGGUUGAUGAGAGAUGGAAAAAGUGAGUCCGCUGCUGGUGGAAGAGGACCCUGCUGCUUGUGCGUUGAACUGCUGCUGCUGCGGCUGCUGUGCUGCUGACGCCGACAAUGCUGCUUCUGAUGCUGCCAAGUCUGUCUGCUGCCGCUGUUUGACCUUUGGCUGGUCUGUUCACUCGCUGCCUGCCUGUCUGUCCGUCUGUCUGUCUGUUUGCCCACCUGACGAUGCUUCGUUUGACGCCCUAGGCAUGGAAAGCACGGUAGCAGCUCUCAGGAUGCUCGGCAGAUGGUGGCGUGGGAUUUGCGUUGUGCAAUGUUUCGCCUGCCGUGGAGCAGUCAAGCCUGCGCGUCCUGGGAUGUGAAUAACGUGCCGGUUAUACGUGCUGGCAACGGCGAUUGGGUAUCUCGAGAGCUGCCUUCAUCGAGUUUGUCGAGGCU